AGUCAUGCUUCAGUCAGGCUUCAGUCAGGCUUCAGUCAGGCUUCAGUCAGGCUUCAUCUCCGACCGCAGGGGUAAUCGGGUACUCGGUGUUCAUGGAUCCGUGGUAAGGCCAUUUCUCACGAACAAUCAACUUGUUGAAAUGCACCAGGACAGAGAAUCUGGUUCACCGCAUCCAGACCACCCAAAAUGUAUAAGUACGCCCGUCACUGGCGCUGUCGAGGAUAUCAGUUCGUCCAUCAUCUACAACAGGCCCAGUGAGAGUAUUGAUCACCCAUUGCACGUGUCGUAAUAUAGAUAAAUAUUUUUUCGCCAUGGAGGAACCGACCUACGAUCCAAGCCGCCCCCUUGCGACUACCACCCUCGUCUACCAGUAUAAAUUGGCCAACUGCCCUGGGAAGACUACUGUGGGCCUGCUUGUCGAAUACCCACCAGAUGGUGCCACGCCUCCUCAUCGCCAUGGAGGAGCCUCUGUGUCUGCUUAUGUGAUCAAAGGUUCCGUGCUAAACAAGAUGAAUAACGACCCGAUGAAAGUGAUCAACCAGGGUGGGUCUUGGUAUGAAGCCCCAGGGUGCCAUCAUCGCAUUGGUGCCAAUGCCAGCAAGACCGAGCCAGCGGCAUUUUUUGUGAACUUUGUUCUUGACACCGAGACGCUUGAGCGGGAGGGGCCAGCUGUUUUGGUGCAGUAUGAUGAGGAGUACAAGGAUAUUGUGGCCCAGAAGAUGAAGGCUUGAAGUCAGGAGGCCGGUUAGGUACGUUGUGGACGAAUGGGCGAUAUGGUGUCUUAAAGCUUCCGCUGGGCAGUAUAUUUGUCGCCAGUGUGUUUGUUUACUCUUGAUUUUGUAUUACACAUUUCAGAUAUUACAGUUUGGCGAUUGCCUUAACAAGGCUAAAGUUGUACCUGAUUGCGGAUGAAUCCUCCCCGAGGACCGAAGAAAGUGAGCGCAUACAUCUGUCUUAUACGUUGCUGAAAUAUUAAGUUUUAAUUCCGAUAUGA